AUGUCAUGGCUGGCUCGCUCCUUCGCAAAUUCUCUCCGACUCGAUGGUGACGGAGACGACGAAAACGUCAUCGUACUUGAUCCACCUACCACGUCAUCGAGUGACCUCCCGCAACCGCAAGAACUAGAAAAUGCAUUCCGAUCAGAAGGAGAAGAAGAUGAAGAAGACGAAGAUACGGAAGGGCGUGGGGUCAAAGAGGACCUCGACGAAAUCAAGCAAACCCUAACUCGUCAAUUUUGGGGGAUGGCCUCCUUCCUCGCUCCGCCGUCAACGGAUUCUCUUUCUCAUGCACAAUCCGAUCCCUCUUCGUUCAUCUCCGAUCAAUUCAAACACCGGUCUCUUUCUCAGAACGAAGAACCGCAAUUAGAUGAGGUUUCCCAUCGCUCUAAUUCGGUUUCGUUAGGAUCCGAUUCGGAAGGGGAUUGCCGUCUCGAAUGUUGCGCGGUUGGAAUCACGGAGGAGGUCUUGGCCUUCGCGAUGAACAUUGCUAUGCAUCCUGAGACGUGGUUGGAUUUUCCUAUUGAUGAAGAAGACGAUACUGACGAUUUUGACAUGUCUGAUGCACAACGAGAGCAUGCAGCGGUUGUUGAAAGAUUAACUCCUAGAUUAGCUGCGCUCAGAAUUGAACUAUGCCCUUGCCAUAUGAGUGAAAGUUAUUUCUGGAAAGUAUAUUUCGUACUUUUGCAUUCAAGGCUUAACAAAGAAGAUGCAGGGGUUUUGUCUACACCCCAGAUCACGGCAGCCAGAGCAAUGUGGAUGCAGGAAUUGCAUAAACAAACAAAACCCGACUUUAAAAAUUUUGGAAGAAGUGUUUCCUACUCAAUAGACAGGCACAAUGAAUUCACUCCCAGCUUAUUGGAUGAUGCUUAUUCUGAUGACAGACCUAGUCAGACGUAUGGAUAUAGAACAACCUCGUUUUCCAUGAGGUCAGAUUAUGAGACUGAGAAAUACAUGGUUGAAACUUCUGGAACGCAUUUCACUGAUAAGUCUGUUAUUGAGGAAAAUUCAAUUAUUAAAACUGAAAACACGGAUCUGAAAUGUGGCCGACCCUCUCAAAUUAUUAUUGAGGAUUACGAUGAUGAGGAUGACGAUGAAUGGCCAGAGGAAGAUUCUGAUUUAGAGGGAUAUGGUGGAACAACUCACCCCAUAUUUAAUGCAAAUGAAGAAGACAUAUCUUUUAGCGACCUCGAGGAUGAUGAUUAUGGCAUUAAACAUGUUAGUUCCUGUACAGAGGGUUCGAAGUUGGUAUGA